GCCAUUCCGUCGCUAUCAUUCCAGGAAACGAAAGCCUCGAAAUCGAAGAUCAUUAAUCAAUCUGAGAAUUCCUUGAACAAUCCACUUCCUAAAACGCGAUUCACCUAGAAACCGAAAUUCGUGUGAAUGGGCGAUACCAUUCAUUUAGAAUGAAAGGGAUGUUGUUAAAUCGUUGACAAAUGUUGUUGCGAUCCGCCGAUUCUGUGAAUUGCAGCUAGUGGUGAAGCGGCCACUAGGAGAAACAUCGUUUCGGCGAAAUGAAUGAAAACAAUGAUUUCUCGAAAAGGAGUGAGUCAGAACUCGUGACUGAUGUUUCUUCUUACCUUCCAGGUAUUCCAAUUUUUGUUUUCAUUCUUCAAUAUUUAUCAUCCAAAGCCCUCUAUUGUCCUAUGUUGCUUAGAUAUAGUGACAACUCACUCAAGGAAAUAUUUUCUUGAGAAUUCCAUUGAAGAAAUUGUUAGUGGAAUAGACUGCUAGACAGAUACUGUAAAUUUUUUUUCCCUCAACAUCUUAACGUUUUUUCAUUUGUGGCGGGAAUUCUGUGAGCUGAAUCGAUUCCGUUCGAUUGGCUUAUUUACACCUGGGAAGUAAGGCAUGAUUACGUACUUCCUGGAAUUACUUUCCCAGCUGACUGUGUUUGUGUACGUUUUCGCUCGCGGUCUCUCUAUGGACAAGCGGUGACUAUAAAAACUUGUUUCGGAUGUUGAAUCAGGAUGAGUUUGACUUCUCGUUCAUGAACGACUGUUUAUUAUGGAUAGUUGGCUACUGACAGCUGUGACGGUGAAAUCGCCUCAGCUGUAGUGUUGACAUCCCAACAGCUGAGAAAGAACAAUGUUGAACACGGGGCCGUGGCUCUACGUUCCUCUUGUGCUUCUAACCAUCCUCGUAACGGUCUGUCAAGGUGUCAAACCAGGGCUUGAAUUAAACCCAUUUAUUUUGCACUUCGAGCCUUUAUUUUACAGCCAAAAAUCACUGAAUGAACAAAAUUACCGCACUAAACGUUCUCCAAAGUCGGAAAUAAAGUUACAGUUCAUUGCGCAUAAUAGGGUUUUUAAGCUUAGAAUGAAGUCUGAAACAUCUUUAUUUGCACCUGAUAUAGUAUUCGAAUCUUCAAGCAGAGGGAGAUUUGAUUAUGAUGUUUCCAAAGUUGUAAAAGGACAUUUAGAUGAUGAUGAAGAAUCAUCCGUCGAGGGAGUAAUAACAUCAAACGGAUUGUUGGAUGCUGUGGUGAAGACAAAAAUCGAGCAGUAUUUUAUUGAGCCAUCAUCGCGAUACUUUCCAACAUCAAAUCAACCUUUUCAUUCUGUCAUCUAUCGGUUAUCAGACGUCCAUUUUCCUCUUGGAAACAUUACCCACAGAUCACUUUCAUCUGUACAUAAAAAUCAUCCAUCUUCGCACCAGCAUGCUAUUGAGGCAACUCAUCAGCCUGUAAAUAAACAUCCACUCCUGAAGGACCAGAGUUCCUCAGAUGACCCGUUAUUUUUUAAACAAUUCACAAAACGUUAUUUUCAUCGCAGGAAUAAAUUUCAUCGUGUCCGCCAAUCGAGAUCCAUCACAUCAUCUAAGCAUUCCUCCGAGGAAGUUCUGUAUUGGAGAGACGGAGAUUCAUUGCAUUAUCGGAACGUUGAACGCUAUGGCGACUCGGAACGGUAUGGGGUUCGAUCCAAUCAAAGGACUCAUUGGACCGAGGAUCGAACGGAUCGACACGUUGCCAUCGAUCCCCAGAAAAGUACUUGUAUGCUCUAUUUGCAAGCUGAUCAUCUGUUUUACCAGAAAAUGGGCAGUGAAGAAGCCUGUAUAGAGACUAUGACUCGCCACGUGCAAAAAGUGAAUGGUAUAUAUAAGAAUACUGAUUUCGACCAGGAUGGACGUCCAGACAAUGUUUCAUUCCUCAUCAAGCGAAUCAAAGUCCAUACAUUAGAUGCUCUGAAAGAUCCUGUGUAUAGAUUUCCAGCAAAUUACGGUGUAGAGAAAUUCUUGGAAUUAUUUUCAGAAGAAGAUUACGAUGCAUUCUGCUUAGCCUACAUGUUUACUUAUCGGGACUUUGAAGGCGGUACUCUAGGAUUAGCAUGGACUGGAGAUUUAAAGAAUGCUGGAGGAGUUUGUGAGAAAAAUGGACACUAUAGAGGUAGCUUAAAAAGUCUAAAUACUGGUAUUGUAACUCUUCUUAAUUAUGGGAAGUACGUUCCGCCAAUUGUUUCUCAUGUCACUUUGGCUCAUGAGAUUGGACAUAAUUUUGGAUCCCCUCAUGAUCCUGAAGAUGAUGUAGUUUGUACACCAGGAGGUGAUAAUGGAAAUUAUAUAAUGUUUGCUCGCGCAACAUCUGGUGACAAAAGAAACAAUAAUAAAUUUUCACCGUGCAGUGUACGUAGUAUUAAUGCGGUCUUAAAUACAAAAGCAAGGAGCCUUAAAGGUUGCUUUACAGAAAUUCAGGACUCCAUUUGUGGUAAUGGAGUUGUGGAAAAGAAUGAGCAGUGUGACUGUGGAUGGGAAGAAGAUUGCGAAGAAAGCUGUUGCUUUCCUAUGAGAACUAAUCCUCCUCGAGACGAACCUCCUUGUAUGCUCAGGCCAAAUGUUAUUUGCAGUCCUAGUCAAGGUCCGUGUUGCUCUCAAGACUGUAGUCUCAAGGUUGGAGAAGAAUGCCGAGGUGAUAAUGGUUGCAGAAGUCCAAGCUAUUGUGAUGGUAAAGGUCCGCAAUGUCCUCCUUCAACUAACAAGCCAAAUAAAACAGUUUGUAAUGAAGAAUUUGUGUGUUACAUGGGAGAAUGCACAGGUUCAAUAUGCGUAGCUUAUGGCUUAGAAUCUUGCCAAUGUCGGCGCGGCCCUAACGAUCCUCCAACUAAAGCUUGUGAACUUUGUUGUAAAUUGCCAGGAGAUGAUUACAGUUGCAAAUCCUCUUUUGAAUGGAACUCUUCUCCUUAUGAUGUUCCCGAUCUUUAUGCCAAACCUGGAACACCAUGUGAUAAUUAUAAUGGUUAUUGUGAUGUUUUCCAAAAAUGCAGAGAAGUAGAUCCAUCUGGUCCUUUAGCAACACUCCGAAAACUUUUUUUGUCUAACGAAAGCAUGGCGUCUGUAAAACGAUGGAUUCUUCUGCACUGGUGGGUUGCUGUACUUCUAGGACUUAGUAUUGUUAUAUGCAUGAGUAUUGUAGUUCGCCUUUUUGGAAAGCAAAAUGAUUCUCCCAAGAAUCUUUCCGACAGUGGCCAAACGAACAAAACUAUUGGUAUUUUACGUCCUUGCAGUAACCAACCUUUAGUGAAAGCCAGAACGCAAGCUUUGGCAGCGAAUUCCAGUAUUGCCUUGGCUCAUGCAUCAAGUCACCGAAAAUCUACCAGCAAUUUUGUCAGGACCAGUGUUUCAUCUUUUUCAAAUAAGCACAGAUCUUUACUUAUGACAGGGAAUGGGUGGGUUUGACAUUAAUUAAAAUCGGUAGGAUACAAUGUCUCUUAUUCAAAGUUGAGAUUUGCAGAAGAAUAAAUUAAACAUGCAAGCUAACGUGAUUCUGUUUUUAAUUUAUUUUCGUCAAAGCUUUAAAAUUUUUAAGUGAAGUUAAAAAUACAUUUUCUAUUUUCAUGAACAAUUUCAAAAGCAUCAUUGAUGAAUCCAUGAAAUAUUUUCUUAUAUACUUGGUGCUCACGCCUUAUUUUCUUGCACUUUUUUCAAUGGUACUUCAUACUAAAAUAUAAAUGCAAAUUUAUUUUGAAUUUUUAUUGUUAAAGUAUCAAUUAUUAAAUUAGAUUUAAUGUUACUACACUUCAAUACUUCAGUAAAAUUUUUGAAAUACUAGAUUUAAGAAUAGAUUAAAUUUGUAAAUCCUUUCUUGAAUCAAGUUUACAAUAUUGACAAGCAAUAUUCAUUUUGCAAAAAACGGUUUAGGUCUAAAAUUUAGCAUUGCUGUAUUACCUGUUGCAGUGUAGCAUUUUUUUGCUGUGAAUCAUAAAAUGCAAAGCAGCUGUUGAGGAAAACGAUAGACGAAAUAUAUUUUUGAAUUAUACUAUUUUUUAAGAGUUUUUUAAUUACCAGACAUAAAAACUUUGUUGUUGUUGUUUUUUUAAAUUACUAGACAUAAAAACUUUGUUCCAUAUUUCAUUUCAAAGAAAAUCUCAUGACGUUGAUUCUCAAAA